AUGACGAGGACGACGGUGCAGCAUCUCCACGCCGCCGCCGCCGCCGCGAACCAGGAGGAAGCCCUCUCUUUCGGCGACUUCCCUGUCACGAUGGGGCGAGUGGAGGACCACUCACCACCGGCGGAGUCGUUCGAGUUCUUUCCCAUCAUUGGCUCUGAUAUGUGCGCCGCCGAGGACAUCUUCCUCUGCGGGCAGCUCCUCCCCUACGCGCUCCCUUCUCCGAAGGCCCAGAGGGGUCGAGAACAGAGGAGAUGGCUCUCUCAUCACGAGAGGUCUCCCGACCUGCUUCAGAGAGCGGAGUCCCUCGACGGGCGCUACUGGAAGGGAAUGGGCGGAGGGUCUCCGGGUUACCAGAAGCUGCGGACGGCGGCGGGAACGAGGCAAAUCUCGGAGGUGUCGACGCGGCCCAGGUGGUACAUGAUUGCCUUCGGCUCGGUCAGCCUUCCGGCGGAGAUGAGCUUGAGGGACAUGAAGAGUCGCCUGAGGAGGCAGAGGAGGGUGAGCAGCGGCCGCGGAGCGGCGGGCUCAGCCGGCAAGGAGGGGAGGGCUGGCGACGGCGGCGGCGGCGGCGGCGGCGGGAAGUGGAAGCUGAUCCGAUCCUUGAGUUGCAAGGGUGAUGUUGAGGACGUCGUGGAUGCACAGCUCGUGGCGUAG